AUGACACGCAUAGGCUACCUAUACCAAGAUAAUAAGACUGCCGGAUCUGGUCGAGGGUAUCAAAGGGCUCGGCUUCGUCUCUACGCACCCCUUUGUCUACUUGCUCUUAUGAUUACUCUUGAGAGUGCGCUUCUGCAUGGCGAAUCUGCGAAAUCGACGCAGCCUUCGUCGCCUGAUUCGCAGCCAUCGUGGUCUACUGAGCCUACUUCGCGGAAAUCUUCGCCGCAGGCCAUACUGCGUCACGUACGAUUGACAUGCAGCCACAUGGGGCUAUCUGUGCCGUGUAUGGGACUCCGGACGCCCCUAGCAGUAGUUCUCCGAUGCGUGAUUCUGAUUAACGAGGCUGAUGCCAAGACUUGCCGCUUACGUACUCGGGUCUCUGGGCUCUCUGUUGCUUGGAGGAUUCGGAAUGGCAUGCUGAGAGAGGACGCCUCCUUCCAAAAAAUCCUUCGAAAAGCAUGUGAUAGUCGCGUUGGCAUUGUCCUGAUCCAACGCCGAACGGUAAACGAAGCAUACGCUCCAAAGACCAGCUUCGGUAUUCUAGCCCCGAUCAAGACCCCAAUCCAAUGUUGUGAAUCGUGCUAA